GAUGGGUCACAGCCAACCCCUUACAGGGCACUGGGUUCUUCCACAGUUCUUUACAAACCUUGUGUUCUCGUUAAGGAUCUGUCUGUAGCUGAGAAAAGAUGUGGGGUUGUUUCCUUUCCCCAUCCCAGAAAGCAUUGCUGACACUUUUAUGCAGCCCUUUCUCCAAGAUGUUCCCUGUGCCCCAUUUUUGACAGGAGGUAAAAAAUAUACCUGGCUCACCAGUGCUGGUAGGGAUGUCUGAAGUACUGUUUGUUUGGGUCACUCUUUUUUGUAAGAAUUUUGUUAGAAUUUUACAAAAAGGGAGGAUGCCAGCACCAGAUAAACAACAUGCAAGGGAGGCUGGUGCUGAUCUGUUUUGCCUAGCUGCAAAAACAAAAAUAUGGCACUGGGAACAUGCAAGGAGAGUAUUUUCAAAUGUCAAGGCAGAGACUGAGCAGAAUUCUGUGUCUUUCUGUUCACUUUGGUGGUUUUCCCUGGCUGCUGGUGCUCUGCGUAUCUGGAUUUCGGUUGCUAAAUCUACACGUGUGUGUACAGUCCCUUGGUCUGGAUAUGAUGACUCGAGAGCUAUUUUCAGUCCCUUCAGCCACCUGCAUGUCUCUGGGGAUUUCUAGCUAGACCUUGAGAGUAAGGCUUAUGUUCAGGACUGUUACUUGCAUGGAUUACCCCUGUUCCCCUGUUUUACUGGAUGCCUUCUGGAAAUUUUAUCUGGGUGAGCACAUGUUUGGUAUGGGGAGCUGGACUCCCAGCCUCCCUGCAGGGCAAAAGCUAGAGGUGGAAUAAUUGAGAAUUGGGAAAGAAAUGGGAACCAGCCCUGUGGUUUCAGUCUCCAUUGAGAUGUCCUUCCAGUUGCCUUGGACAUGCUGAACUAGGAUUUUCCAGGCCUGUAUCCAGGGAGGUGAUUGCUGAAAACUGGCAGGGACUGAUUUGGAAAAGUGGUCUGAGGCAAAAACUGUUUGUUCCAGAAAGUUUUGAUCCAGAGGUGACGUGAAGAGACUGAGUGUGUCAGAAAGUUAAAAUUAAGACCUGUUUGCCAACAGAUCAAUCAGGAUCCAAAUGAAUCACCAACAAUACUGCUUCCGGAGAAGAUGCUGACACUGCCAAGAAAUGCUUCAGCCAUGAGAUGGUACUUGUCCUUGCCAGGGUCCUGCUUGGAGAGGACUGGCAGCCUCAGCAGCACCUAAAGCAGGAUCUCAAAACACUGCUGUCCAUGAGCUCUCACGCCGCGGAAAGCCAAGGGGCGGCAGGAGAUGGUGCCUCGGCUUCGCUUCACGGACUCUUGGGAGGAUUUGACAGAUGUGGUGGAGCAAUUGCGCGAUGAUUCCGAAGACCCGAAUUACCUCAUGGCUAACGAGCGCAUGAACCUGAUGAACAUGGCCAAGCUGAGCAUCAAGGGGCUGAUCGAGUCCGCGCUGAACCUGGGCCGCACGCUGGACUCGGACUACGCCCCCCUGCAGCAGUUCUUCGUGGUGAUGGAGCACUGCCUCAAGCACGGCCUCAAAGCCAAAAAGACUUUUCUUGGGCAAAAUAAGUCAUUUUGGGGACCUCUAGAAUUAGUAGAAAAACUUGUUCCUGAGGCUGCAGAGAUUACAGCAAGUGUUAAGGAUCUCCCAGGGCUGAAGACACCUGUGGGCAGAGGAAGAGCUUGGCUUCGCCUGGCUCUGAUGCAGAAGAAACUUUCAGAGUACAUGAAAGCCUUGAUUAACAGAAAGGAUCUUCUCAGUGAAUUUUAUGAGCCCAAUGCACUGAUGAUGGAGGAGGAAGGUGCCAUCAUUGCUGGCCUCCUCGUAGGUCUGAAUGUCAUCGAUGCCAACUUCUGCAUGAAAGGAGAGGACCUGGACUCCCAGGUCGGGGUUAUCGAUUUCUCCAUGUAUUUGAAAGAUGGGAAUAGCACAAAAGGCAGUGAAGGAGAUGGUCAGAUAACUGCUAUUUUGGACCAGAAGAACUAUGUAGAAGAGCUCAACAGACAUCUAAGUGCUACAGUAAACAACCUACAGGCCAAGGUGGAUGCCUUGGAGAAAUCCAACACAAAGCUGACCGAGGAGCUUGCAGUUGCCAACAACAGAAUCAUCACACUGCAGGAGGAGAUGGAGCGGGUUAAGGAAGAAAGCUCCUACAUCCUGGAGUCCAGCCGUAAGGCCACCAAGGACAGAAGUGCUGACGGGCAGGCACUGACUGAGGCACGGAAGCAGCUGAAGGAGGAGACUCAGCUGCGCCUGGAUGUGGAGAAGGAGCUGGAGGCGCAGAUCGGGAUGCGGCAGGAGAUGGAGCUGGCCAUGAAGAUGCUGGAGAAGGAUGUCUGUGAAAAGCAGGAUGCACUGGUGGCACUCAGACAGCAGCUGGAUGAUCUCAGGGCUCUAAAGCAUGAACUGUCUUUCAAGCUGCAGAGUUCAGACAUGGGAGUGAAACAGAAGAGUGAAUUAAACAGCCGCUUGGAAGAAAAAACAAAUCAGAUGGCUGCCACCAUCAAACAGCUGGAACAAAGAUUGCGACAGGCAGAGAAGGAGCGGCAGCUGGCCCUGCAGGACAACCGGCUCUUCAAGCAGGAGUUUGGGGACAAAAUCAACAGCCUCCAGCUGGAAGUGGAAGAGCUCUCCAGGCAGCGGAGCCACCUAGAACUGGAGCUAAGGCGGGAAAGAGACAGAUGGUCUCACAGUCACCAGCGCAGCCAAGAAAGCAAAAAAGGCCCAAAGAAUUGGCUCAGACAGGAUGGGAAGCUCAAAGUCCAGGAAGAAAAUGCUAAACUGAAGCAGCCGCUGAGAGAGAACAGUGUCCUUCCACACAGGUCACCCAGCGGCACGCAGGAAGAGCAGGAGCAGCUGUCAGGGCCUGGGCACGCCGAGAUCUGCCAGCUCUGCCAGCAGGAGGACAGCCGGAGCCAAAGAAAGAACAUCUGCAAGAACUGUGGGGGCACCUUCUGUGAAGCCUGCUCGGUGCACGAGCUGCCCCUCCCAUCCAGCAUCAACCCCGAGCGCGUCUGCAACCCCUGCCACCAGCGGCUCAUCCAGCAGUAUUCCAGCAGCCCCUUGUAGGGAACGGGUGGCACAGAGGUGACAAACAGCGCCUGUGGCUGACAGUGUCUCUGGAGUUGCUCAGGGGAAUGUGAAGACUCUUGCCCAUGUGCUUUUGGAGAUCAGAUGGGAAGCAGCUUCUUGGUGUUUAGAAUCUCCUGUUACUAAGACAACAGUCUGAGCCCUUAAAUCAGCCUGCGCUGUGGAGAAUUCCGUCGGGAAUGUCACAUGGGGCAGCCCCAAGGUGUGCCUCAGCAGUCUCAGGGCUCUGGGAGCCCCUGCCCAAACCAGAGCUGUCAUCUGCACGAAGUCGGAGUGCUCUCACCCUCACGUGUGUGGUGUGGGUGUGUGCUGCUGCUACUGAGCAAAGGCUCCCCAAAACCCAACAGGACUGUUGGUAUUCCUCACGUCUGGCUGCACUUGAAAUCCUGUUCCCUCUUUUCCUUUUGCCCUGGACAGGCUGGCUCAUCCUGGGAACCCUGGGCAAUGGUAUGAGCAGGACAGGUGGGCACCAGUGAACACAUCCUCCCUGCAUUUCCUUGGCUCAGGGCUCUCACCAGGGGCUUAGCCUGCACAGGGACACCCCAAACCAAGCUGUGAAUGUUCUGUUCCUCCUCUGGGCUUUAGGGGCUGGGCCCAGUCCCCAUCACACAGAGGUUUAGGGCCACUUGGGAUCCACCUUUCCACCUUGCACACAUGGAAAUGUUGUUACAAUAAACCUGGCAAUUCACUUUUUGUUGGCUCAAAACUAAGUGGGAACGCUUUUCACCUGUUAGAAAUUUUAAUUGCAUGUAGAGUUCAGAGAGGUUCUGUGGUUUGUGCCACAGCAUUUUUUGUUACUGUUCCCUCAAGGGAUUUUGCUAGUCCAAAAAGCAGUGGUGGCUUUCUCAUGUCACAGGAGUGUUUACUCCUUUUCCUGCUGGCACCUCCUGCAGUCUCUGAGGCCACACAAUGUCCUGCGGCUCACAGAAGAGGGGUGCAUUGGUGUGACAGAAGCACUGGGGUUUGGGCAGAUGUUGUUAGGGGGUAGUGGUUAAUUCCUUGGAGGGGAUUUUCUAGUCACUAGAUGGGCUGGAACCACAGGAAAAAGCCUCUUGGAGCUGAGGUACUGACAUGGUUGGUACCGCUUUGGACCAGGAACACAUCUCUCCUCGAUCCUUUUAGCACUUGGCAUGUUCAGCCACCCAUCUUCUACUCUUGUCUGCUCUUCUGCCCCCUACCGCAGCUUCCUGACCCAUUUCCUUACUGAUGUGGCAGGAGUUGUAAACAGUGUUGGAAUACCAAAAGGCUGGAAUUCAGUUGAAUUCCUGCAUUCUUUGAAGGGGUGAGACAUAGGAGGUGGAUGGAGAAAACACUGAAUUUAGU